UUUAUUUCAUGGUCCUUUCAAAUGUUUAAGCUCAAAAUGCUGUUAAUGUAAAAUGAAUGAAAGUAUUUCUUAACUUGCUCAUAUCAUGCUGAAAUGCAUUAGAAUGUAAGAAAAGCGACAAAGGUAAAAUAACACUCUGGGGUCUCCAGUAAGUCUGCGAAUUAGUUCGUAGUCAAUAUGGCGGACGAAGCGUUCGAUGUUGUUGUCGUUGGAUCUUGCUUUGUUGACUUGAUAUGUUAUGUUCCUCAUUUUCCAAAAUUUAAGGAGACAGUGAAAGGAACAAAAUUUCAAUUAGACUUUGGUGGCAAAGCAGCCAAUCAAUGUGUCAUGGCUCAGAAACUUGGGGCAAAAACAACAAUGAUUGCAAAGAUCGGCAACGAUCAGUUUGGGAAAGACACUAUACAGAAUUUUACGAAGUUUGGAGUGAACACUGAUUUCAUUUCGGCCACUAAUAAAGCAGAGACAGGGCUCACUAGCAUAGCUGUUAACAAUGCUGGGGAGCCAGCAUUCAUAAGUAUGGCAGGGGCAAACAGGCAUCUUACAGUUGAGGACAUCAUGGCAGCAGAAACUGUUAUAAGAUCUUGUCCAGUUAUGGUUUGUGAUAAGGGAAUACCUCUGAAGAUUGCAGCAGCAGCUUUGGAAUAUGGGAAAAGAUUAGGCAGUGUAACUUUAUUUAAUCCUUCACCGAAAUUGGAGUCUGUGCCAAAUGAUGUUUAUGUGAACACUGAUGUUUUAGUUCUUAACAAGGAAGAAGGUGAAAGCUUAACAAGCAUCUCAGCAAGUGACUCUGAAGGAGUAAAAAAGAUAAUUUUUGAACUUCACAAGAGGGGCACUUCACAUAUAGUGCUGACCCUUGGAUCAAAAGGAGCCAUCUCCUCUGUAGUGACUUUAGACCACAAGAUUCCACUGAUGACACAUACUAGAACAUCAAAAGUUGAAGCAGUGGAUACAACUGGGGCUGGGGAUGCCUUAACAGGAGCAUUAGCUUUCUACUUGUCACGUUUUCCUCAGCUUUCAUUCUCUGAGAUAGUAUCAAGAGCAGUGCAUAUUGCAACAAUUACUGUAUCAGUGCAUGGUGUGCAGUCAAGUUAUCCUAUAAGAGACCAAAUAGAUGACUGGUUAUUUGAUACCAGUUCAAGAACAUUUGAGGAGUUAGGCCUUAAAUUAUUAAGCAAUGAAGUUAUGGAAGAUAAAGUAGGGGACAAUUAUGAGCAGUCACCUGUAUUUUAAAGCUAGAUCGAACAGCUUACUUACUGUAAUUUAAAACCCAAUAUUAGUCAUAUCACUAUCACUGACAGUCUAAACUAUUAUAAACGAUUUUUCAAAAAAUAAACACAUAGCUAAGAUGUAAAGCUCUUAAGGUGAGUAUGAAGUUUUUAAGAAAAUCUCCAAGAGUUGGAAAAUGUUGGUUUUUUAAAAACUCAGGAAGCCGAACUGAUUUUUGUCACCAGCUUAUAUCCAGCAUAAUAAAGUGCUUCAUUUGCUAUUUUGAAGUGAGAAUCAGAAAAUUUUUUUUUUUAUUGAAGUUGCAGAACCAAAUGUGACAACAAGUUAACUCUGUGUGGUAUUUAUUUUAAUUUAUAAUUUACAAUUGGGUGUAGCCAGUACUGAAUCUUGAAUUGCAUUGGUUUUGAUACCUUUGCUCUUUUGUUGGCCCACUAAACUUGGCAAUGUGUGUCACUCUCUUAACCAAUAAAAUUCAAGACUAAAACAAG